CAAACCUGCACGUUGUGCACCUGUACCCUAGAACUUAAAGUAUAAUAAAAAAAAGAAAAUAAACUUCAAAUUUUAAUACAACAAAUUCUAUUUGUGAUAUAAUCUAAAUAAUGCUAAUAUAAUUUAGAGAAAAAACAAAGGAUUUAGUGACAAGGCAUAAAGGGAUUUUCCUUACAUAUAAUAUGCUAAAUAUUACUCGUUUUUAAAUGGUGCCACUUGGUAACGAAAAUACCGUUAACUUUAUUUGCUUGCUUUAAAGUAAACUGGCCAUUCUGGAAAUCAGAUUUGUGUUUUAACAGAUUUACACGAGCAGUCCACUGAAGAGUGGAGCAAAAUUUAUCAUAAAUUUGACCUCAUUUUAUAAAACUCAUGAUGAAAAAUUUUCCUCUUACAUUAUUUCAUGUAAUUUUAAAACUAUAAACUACUUUCCCAGAAAGUUGAAAUGUGCAAUACUCUGAAAUCGCCUAAAUUGAUACUGUUAUUCUUAAAACAUAAAAUCAAAUAAAUGAUCAUUCAUAUAGCACCAAAAAUGUCUUUGGAAAAAACAAUACUCAUAUCCACUUACCAUCCAAGGUUUCAUAAAGAAAAAAAACUUUAACCCCAAAUAUAUAAAAUAAAACACGUUUAUUUUACCAUAGGAACUGAUAAUCUGAAGUAUAAGAUGCUAAUUUCCAAAUGUAUCCUGGCUUGUGUAUAGCCUUGGUCAAAUGAUCCAUUGUAUCAGAAAGAUAAAGAAAAAAUAAUCAUAUUUCAGUAAUUCUAUACAUCCUAAAAGGGAAGAUGGCACAUUUAAGUGGUUGAUAAAUUUGAAAAGCUGAUUAAACAUAAUAAUCACCAUGUUGGAGGAAGAUAUAAAAAUCGGAGAACAGAUUUUUUUAAUAUUAAAAAUGUGACACAAAAAUUAUACCAUUUUAGAAAGGAAUAUAAAAAGGCAAGAGUUAAAAAUAGUGGGACUAAUAUCAUAGAAAACUAUCCAUGAGGAAGGUCAAAUUCAUUUUCAACAUGUAAAAAGGAUAAAGAGUAGAGGUAUUUAAAAAGAUUCUUCAUGAGACAAAUGUUAAAAUAUGGAACCCAAUCUCAGACAAAUACAUAGAAAGGAGUAAGCGCCAACUCUAAUAUGCAUAAGGUAUCCCAUCCUAUAGCAAAUCAGAUAUAUAGGUACACUUGAUGCCGUAAAUUUUUUUAAAAAUUGUCUAUUUUGUUGUGUGUGCACCAUAAAUUUGAGUCAGCACCAGCGACAGCUCUGCAGUCCUCCUAUGUGGUACUGAUCAGGUGGUUGCAGAGCUUCAGCUCACAGCAACACAAUGCAGCUGAGCAGGCAAGCACAGCCCACAGCCAGAAACAGUUCCGACUCUCCAGAACAAGACGACCUUUAAGCUUUAAGUUUCCCGGAGAAAAUGAGAUGCUGAUGUUGAAGACGACACUACGGCUUUGAUGGAAUAUCAGAUAUUGAAAAUGUCUCUCUGCCUGUUCAUCCUUCUGUUUCUCACACCUGGUAUUUUAUGCAUUUGUCCUCUGCAAUGUAUAUGCACAGAAAGGCACAGGCAUGUGGACUGUUCAGGCAGAAACUUGACUACAUUACCAUCUGGACUGCAAGAGAAUAUUAUACAUUUAAACCUGUCUUAUAACCACUUUACUGAUCUGCAUAACCAGUUAACCCAAUAUACCAAUCUGAGGACCCUGGACAUUUCAAACAACAGGCUUGAAAGCCUGCCUGCUCAGUUACCUCGGUCUCUGUGGAACAUGUCUGCUGCUAACAACAACAUUAAACUUCUUGACAAAUCUGAUACUGCUUAUCAGUGGAAUCUUAAAUAUCUGGAUGUUUCUAAGAAUAUGCUGGAAAAGGUUGUCCUCAUUAAAAAUACACUAAGAAGUCUUGAGGUUCUCAACCUCAGUAGUAACAAACUUUGGACAGUUCCAACCAACAUGCCCUUCAAACUACAUAUCGUGGACCUGUCUAAUAAUUCUUUGACACAAAUCCUUCCAGGUACAUUAAUAAAUCUGACAAAUCUCACGCAUCUCUACCUGCACAACAAUAAGUUCACAUUCAUUCCAGACCAAUCUUUUGACCAACUCUUUCAGUUGCAAGAGAUAACCCUUUACAAUAACAGGUGGUCAUGUGACCAUAAACAAAACAUUACCUACUUACUGAAGUGGAUGAUGGAAACAAAAGCCCAAGUGAUAGGGACUCCAUGUUCUACCCAAAUAUCAUCUUUAAAGGAACAUAACAUAUAUCCCACACCUUCUGGAUUUACCUCAAGCUUAUUCACAGUAAGUGGGAUGCAGACAGUGGAUACCAUUAACUCUCUGAGUGUGGUAACUCAACCCAAAGUGACCAAAAUCCCCAAACAAUAUCGAACAAAGGAAACAACGUUUGGUGCCACUCUAAGCAAAGACACCACCUUUACUAGCACUGAUAAGGCUUUUGUGCCCUAUCCAGAAGAUACAUCCACAGAGACUAUCAAUUCACAUGAAGCAGCAGCUGCAACUCUAACUAUUCAUCUCCAAGAUGGAAUGGUUACAAACACAAGCCUCACUAGCUCAACAAAAUCAUCCCCAACACCCAUGACCCUAAGUAUCACUAGUGGCAUGCCAAAUAAUUUCUCUGAAAUGCCUCAACAAAGCACAACCCUUAACUUACGGAGGGAAGAGACAACCACAAAUGUAAAGACUCAAUUACCUUCUGUGGCAAAUGCUUGGAAAGUAAAUGCUUCAUUUCUCUUAAUGCUCAAUGUUGUGGUCAUGCUGGCUGUCUGAGGGUCCGCAUUUUCUGAAACUCAUGAAAGCACUCCUCCCUGAUGUACAGUUGGGAAAAUAUGUCCAUAUCUAACCAGUGAUUCAAGCUAUAUUAAGUAUUCAAGAAAGCCAGUCUUAACAUUUCUGACUCUGAUGUAAAUGAAGUAACUUGUCUUAAAUAAAAGAAAUGCACAAUGCCUUGGUACUUGCUGCUAUUUUACUGUCUUAAUUAAGUAAACUAAUGAGUUUCUUUUAUAAAAAAAAGAAAUGUUUUCUUUUUAAGGCUUCAAUUUAUUGCACAAAAUAUAAAGCAUCUAAACUUUAAUAUGUAUUUUAUGUAUGUUUACACUGUCAAACAUCUGGAAAAUAAAAGGUCUAUGCUCAUAA